AUGUUCCGACUCCAAACCCGGCGGUUCCACGCCUCGGCUACCCGGCAAUUUGAUCUCGGAGCUCUUCUGGAGCCCGUCCAUUCCGCCGUACAAGCCGCCCAAGCAUACUCAGGUCUUUCCUGGCACUACAUGAUCCCCCUCGCCACGCUGGCCGUGCGCGCCACAACAACCCUUCCAGUGGCCAUUGCCAACCGCAAGCGUGCCCAAAAACAAGCAGAACUUCAACCUGUUCUCAGCGCAAUGACACCUAUUCUAAGAGCCCGUCUAGCUAUGGCCAGUGGGAAAAACUCCCGUGGUGUAACUCUUACCUCCGAACAAAUCUCUGUUCUUGCAACAAAGGAACGUCGUCGUCGUCGCGUCGAGUUGUUCCGCAAAUAUCGCUGUCAAGCUUGGAAAUCAAUCGUACUACUUCCAGCAGUCCAAAUGCCACUAUGGAUCGCGCUUUCCCUUGUGUUUCGUUCAAUGUGCGGGUGGUCCGGCUCUAUUGGCUCAUCGAUUCCUCUAGAGCAAGCCUUUAACUCAGAUGCAUUUCUUUGGUGCACAGACCUCGUGUCCCCUGACCCAUAUGGUGCUCUCCCUAUUCUUGUCGGCAUCCUCGGCAUGGCAAACAUUGAGUGGAACGCCAUUAACGUCAUGAACCGCGCUGCCGCUCCAACUUCUACUGCUUCGGUGGCCGCUGCUGCUACCCAAGGCCCAUCAGUCCCACGUAUCGUCGCUAAUAUCUCGCGUGUCGCUGUCAUGGGCUUCACUACCAUGGCUUUUCAGGCUCCGGUCGCCGUAUGUCUCUACUGGGUCUCUUCCUCUAGCUUUUCGCUGCUCCAAAACUUGGCCUUUGAUCGUUGGCUUCCGCUUCAACCAUACACUCCACGCCCACCAACCACCGAAUUUAACUUCUCUCACGGUCUUUCAAGUUUACCAUCCAAAUAA